CCGCCCCACACGCGCUGAGUGACAGCGCCGGGGCCGCUGCGGGCGGGGCCGGGCCGGAGCCGCUGCUCCGCGGCCCCUCAGAUGCACUGUUUCCCAGCUGAAUUUCAGUAGUGACUGAGUCCCAGAGGAUUGCUGAAAAUUGGGAUCCCAAAGGGAGCUGUGAGGAAUAUCGGUACUGCCCACAUGCAGGAUUGGACUGAGCAAUAUCUGGUCUUGUGGUUAAAUGAUGCUGUUGAGCAAGAAAUGGGAAAUACUAGCAUGAAAUUUUAGGUCAGUUACAGAUAGGGAAGUUCUGUGUGAGGGUUCUUACAGGGAUCUUACUUUAGUAGAUAGCUGAGUUUUAAACAAGAUGUUUGGGAAGAACAGGAGGAAACUGGGUCAAGGGAGCACAACCCAAUACAAUGUGAAAUUAUGUGUCAUAUUUUUUCAGAUAAGGGCAUAAUAAGGACUGUUAAAUAAGGAAUUCAAGUCAUAGUAGGAGUAGUCAAUAUCYGUGAGUCUUGUGAUCAGAAUUAGAAUCACAGAAUGGUUUGGUUUGGAGGGAACCUUAGGAAUCAUCUYRUCCAACCCCCUGUCAUGGGCAGGGACACCUUCCACUAUCCCAGGUUGUUCCAAGCCCUGUCCAWCCUGGCCUUGAACACUUCCAGGGAUGGGGAAGCCACAGCUUCUGUAAACCUGUUCCAGGGCCUCACUCCCCUCACAGUAAAGAAUUUCUUCCUAAUAUCUAAUCUAGCCCUGCCUUCUUUCAGUUUAAAGCCAUUGCCCCUUGUCCUGUCACUGCAUGCUUUUGUAAAAUAUUAUUUUAGAAUAUAUAAAUACAUAAGGAAUAUUUUACCCACUCAUUCUUUAAACUAAGUUAUGACUUUGAUAACUUCUGUCUCUGCUCAACAGAUGCCAUGUUGCCUCAGAAGAUGGGACAGACACCUUCCAGAAUAGCCAUGAGCAGUUAUUGGAAAGUCUUGGGAAUUUUCUUACUCUUUCUUCAAAGUGCAUUGUCUCUCCAGCCAGCCCAGCCCAGAGUGCUGCUGGUGUCCUUUGAUGGCUUUCGGUGGGAUUACAUCUACAGAGUCCCCACUCCCAAUUUUCACUAUGUCAUGAAGAACGGGGUGCACGUCAGGCAGGUCACAAACGUGUUCAUAACGAAGACGUACCCCAACCACUACACCCUGGUGACCGGGCUCUACGCAGAGAGCCACGGCAUCGUCGCCAAUGAGAUGUACGAUCCUGUCCUGAACGAAACCUUCUCUCUGAACAAAAUGAACACCCACAACUCCAAAUUCUGGGAAGAGGCCAGCCCAAUAUGGGUGACGAACCAGAGGGAAGGACACAAAUCUGGUGCUGCUAUGUGGCCUGGAACRGAUGUGAAGAUACAUGGAGUCUUGCCCACACAUUAUAUGCCCUACAAUGAAUCUGUUCCCUUUGAAGACAGGGUAGCGAAGCUCAUUGACUGGUUUACAUCAGAAGAGCCCAUAAACUUUGGUCUGCUGUACUGGGAACAGCCUGAUGAGAUGGGCCACUUUCUGGGCCCGGAAAACCCACAUAUGGGARCAAUAAUCAGUGACAUUGACAAAAAACUGGGAUAUCUUAUUGCUGAACUGAAGAAAGCAAAGCUGUGGGGUGUGAUAAAUGUCAUAGUCACAAGUGAUCAUGGAAUGUCACAGUCAUCCUCAGAAAGGCUCAUUGAACUUGAUCAGUAUGUGAGCAGAGAGCURUAUAAAGUCAUCGACCACUCUCCUGCAGUAGCCAUUUUACCCAAAGAAGGCAAACUGGAUGAAGUAUAUGAAGCUUUGGCCAACGCUCAUCCCAACAUGACUGUAUAUAAAAAGGAGCAGAUUCCAGAUAGAUUUCAUUACAAACACAACAGUAAAAUUCAGCCCAUCUUAGCAGUGGCUGAUAAAGGAUGGGAAAUUGUACAUAAUAAGACUGAUGGUUUUCUACUCGGUAAUCACGGAUAUGACAACGCUGUACCAGAAAUGCAUCCUCUUUUUUUGGCAGUCGGGCCUGCUUUCCGAAAGAACACCACCAAAGAAUUCAUGAAUGCUACAGACUUGUACCCCUUACUGUGCCAUGUGCUUGGUAUCAGCCCACUGCCCAACAAUGGUUCCUUCAAUGCUGUGAAGGAUUUACUUGCUGAAGAAGUUCCUGGAGCCCGUGGAACAGACACCUACUCCACUGUUGUAGGAGUCUUCCUGGGYAGCUUGCUUGUUUUGGUUUUCACUGCAGUUUUUGUUAAGCAUUUUGUCCUCGCACAAGCAAAUUCCAUGCAAAUCCGACACACUGAAGCUGCCCAGCCACUGCUGCAAGAUUAAUAACUUGGGAUUAUUUCCUGUGUGAGGCUUAAAAUAAGCCUAUACAAAGAAAAUAAACAAUGGAGGUGGAUCAGCAUAAAUAUGAGGAGUGAAAAGAGAUGGAUGCUGAUCCAUUGGUACUCUGGGGCAUGUAGAGACCAGGUAUGCAGAGAGAGAGCAUGUUCCUGUUUCACCCUGCAGCCACUUCAUCUUCCAGGAUACUCUAGGUAAACCUGGAAAGCUCUAUGUCUAUUAGACCUGUAGUGACAAUAGACCUCRAAUACCUUAUUAUGGCUAUUUUUAGAGAAAUAACAUCAACUGGGGUGUACUUCACAGACUGUUAAAUGGUGAUUUAGUUUCCCACCCUUUUUUUUUCUUUUAUUCUUUUUGAGGUUUUUUGAGUCUCUUUGUUUCUAACAAGUCACUGAAUGGUAUAAAACUUGUUUUUUUCUUCCCUGCCCAAGGACGCUUUUGCAUGAAUCACCRUUACAGAUAACUUGGUGGGAAAAAAUAACUUGGUGAAGGAAAAAAAACAUUAUUAUUCAGCUAGGUCAUGCAGUGAUAAGURUCUUUAGUUUAGAGUUAGAUAUAUUUCUUCAAACUACUGUGUUAAUUGUAGCCCCAAAAUAUGAAUCUAAGUGGUAUUGCCUUUAACAAUCAGCAUUAAACUGCUUGAUUCUUGUUUUUUUUUAAAAAUUAUUUGGAUAAAUAUAGGUCUUUACCACUUUAGGUAUGAUUUUAGGUAAAUGUAGGUCUAUACUUUUUGUACUUCUUGUACACUGCACUAAAUUUUCUAGGAGUUCCAUGCAGCUGACAGGAUAAAGACACGCACAAGCACUGAACCUGUAUAUCCAAAUGGAGUCUUUUCUGUUUCUGUGGUACAAAGGAGGUGGAUAAGUUAAGGAAGAUGGAUGUUCAGGCUGGUUUCAGAGUGCUGUCAGGCUUAUCCCUGGCUGUGCAUCUGAUCUGCUGCUGGAGACUGUGAGUUAACUGUGAGUUUGACUUGUGUCUUGUGCUCUGUCUGGGUGGGUCUUGGAAUGGGGUGAUCAGGACUACACAUGCAGUUUAAGGGGCAGCUGUAUAAACCRUAAGCCAUAUACAUUCUUAAAUCUGAAAAAGCACACUUUAAUAAUUAAAAAAAAGGUAUAAAACUGGAGUUGUUUUUCUGGAGGAAAGCCUGUGUCAGGGAAAAAUAUUAAGUCUGAGUCACCUAAGAUACAUAUUAUUCUCAUUUUUUUGUGUAUGGCAAUAAAUCUUCUUGCUAGUAUAGUUGUGGGGGUUUUUGUGAGCUCACUAAAGU